AUGCAGGGCAUUCAAGGGCAUCUCGUGAUGGAGCGUCACCACAGCGGACGUGCAGAAGUGCUCUCCGCUCCCGGUGGAGUGGGGCUGGACGUGGCUGCGUGCCUCAAAGCUGACGACGUGGACGCAGAGAGUCGCUGCGUCGGUCGGAGGAAACGUGCAGCUGGAGCAGGCGGUGCAGCAGGUAGCGCUCUUGCAGGAGCGGCUGCGACAGAGUUGUGCAAGGUGGUUUGUGGGGCGGCUACGCAGUGGCGACGGCUUGCUGCAGCCCCGCGUGGCUUGAUCGUCUCCAGCAAGAUGCUGGCGUCUUUGUUGGAGAAACCGAUUGCGAGAGGAGUCCAGAGGAGAGCUCGUGGCAUGGCGAUGGGUAGUAGGGCGGCAAGACUCCGUCCCGUGGUCGCCUCGAUGGAGACCAAGUUCGAAGUGCCUGCACUGCCUUUUGAGCAGCACAUGAAGACGCGACAGGCGCUGAACCAUCUCCCGGAUCUACUGCUGGACGGAUUUGCUAAGCUACUGGACGAGAAAUGCGUGAGUCAGCAAAGUGUAACGCGAGAAAACCUCAGCUCGACGAUCCGUGUACUGCUAGAGGAGGCUGGACUAUGGCAGGCGCAGCAGCGCAUUCAGCAAGAGGCAGCCCAAUCAAGUUCAACCAGCAUCGUUUAUCACUGGCAAUCAGAUGGGCGCUUUCAUCGGAUGCCGCAGGAUUUUGCUUUUCCACAGCUAGAUGCGCUAAGUGUGUGGCGUAUUUGGUGGCUUGGCCACCCUGCUGCCGGAUACCCGCCUUUUCGGGCGCUGCAGCCAUCUGACUUCACGAAGACCAACCGCAAGAUGUUUUCGGAAUGGACGGUGCUGGUCCGACAUAUCGUCGCUGGUGUGGAGGCAAUCGACUCCAAGCAAGCAGUAGAUAACCUCGAGGUUGCCAUGGCGGUCAAGGUGGGCGACACGGUGCUGGCGUACCACGGCGUGAUGAUCUACGACGCCAAGGUGCUGAAGGUGGACAAUGGACAGGGCGUGCAGCAGGAGCCGGGCGCCGGCGGCCAGGCGUCGGCCAGCACGCAGUACUACCUGCACUACCAGGGCUGGGCCAAGAAGUGGGACGAGUGGGUGCGCCACGACCGCGUGCUGGAGGACACGCCCGCCAACCGCGCGCUGCAGCAGAAGGCCAAGGAGGACAUGGCCAAGGCCAAGAAGGAGAAGCGCCUGGCCAAGAAGAAGAAGAUCAGCUCGGCCGGCGUGGACGCGCCCAGCGCGCGCAAGUCGCCGUUCAAGCGCCUCAAGCGCAGCGUCGAGAACGACUACGAGGAGUUCCCGGGCCCCGGGGAGGGCGGCAACAGCGACGAGACCACCUCGGCCAAGCAGAUCAACAUCCAGAUGCCCUUCUCGCUCAAGAAGCAGCUCGUGGAGGACUGGAAGAACGUCACGCAGGCGCCGCACAAGCUCGUGCCGCUGCCCCGCAAGCCCAACGUCAGUCAGAUUAUCAAGACGUACUUGGAGUUUAAGAAGAGCAAGGUGCACGAGGGCGAGGCGAGCGAGGAGAAGGAGUACAAGAACAUUGAGGGCAUCAUGCAGGGCGUGCAGUCGUACUUCGACCGCGCGCUGAGCUCCAUCCUGCUCUACCGCAUGGAGCGCCGGCAGUACCAGGAGCUCCGACAGAACCAGAGCGAGGAAGUGCCGCUCUCGCAGAUCUACGGCGCUGAGCACUUAAUUCGGCUCUUCGUGAGAUUACCUGUGCUUCUGGCCGGCUCCAACAUCGCUCCGCGCGAGCUGCACCAGAUCCAGGCGAGACUGAACGACUUCCUCAAGUUCAUCCAGAAGAACUCGGCCGCCUGGUUCGUCACGGAGUACGAGGCUGCGUCGGACAAGUACGUGGAACAGGCCACUGCUGCGGCCUCUUCAUCCUCGUAG